AUGUUUUUCAACGUUCUGGCCAGGCUAUACAUUCGCUCCAAAAAAUCCCAGGAAAUUCGAGUUUUUUUGUUUAUUUGCGUCUGUGAUUGGCUUUUCGUCACGAGCGCCGCACUAAUGAUCACGCAGACGGUAUUGCUAUCUUCGGAGACCGUUGGCAAGCUCUAUCUCGCGUACGGAAUAUCAAAUGCCCUAACAGAAGCAUUGAUUAUCAUUGGCCUGGGCUUUACGGUGCGCUCCGCUCUUUCACACAACAAUAUUGGAGCGCUGUUGGGGUCCAGAGUAUCCGACAAUAUUUCGAUCGUCAUUAUCUGCCUUCCGAUGAUCGUUAAGUUUAUUGGGGAGAACGGACAGAAUAACAACAUCCAGGAUCCGCGGGCUAAUAGUACGGGUCAUCUUCGCAAUUUUCAAUUUUUGUCGACAUUAAGCAGUAAUCGCCAAAACCAAAAUGUUGAACUGAGUCCCGUCGAAAAUAUUAUGAAAGUCUGA